UUCAGGAAUUUGUAAUGCAUGUAGGCGGAAGCAUUUGCCAAGAUCUGAAGAAGGCAAAAAAAUCAUACAGAGAGAUAUAGAUCAGUUCAUGAGAUUUUCAGCAUGCAGCAAGACCUAUUCAUUGCCGGAAGAUUCAUUUUCGCAGACUUCAAAUGGCCAAGAAAUAAAUUCCCAAAACAUAUACAGUAUGGAUACAGAGGAAAGUCAAAGUGACAAGUUUUCUAGUAUUGCAGGUAAUACUCAAAACAGUAGCCAGGAUUGGUACGAGUUGCAGAAAACACCAAGAGAAAAGUUAAAUGCAGCAAUGAAAAUACUUUCUGAAUCGUUUGAGCCAAUCACUAGCCAAUUAACAAAAAAGUGGGAAGAAACAAGUAAGAGUGCAAGAUCUUAUUAUACAAAAAAAGCCCGGGAAUGUAUCGAACUUGUUCUGAGUAUCAUGGCACCCUGCCAGGAAGACAUUUUAUUGGAGAACAUACAAAUAAAUUCUACACAAGAAAUCAAAUUAGAUAACAUGACAGCUAGCGUGAUGGAAGCAUUUGAAAACACUUCUGAUAGUAGAACCCAAACCCAAAUUCUUUCCAUAAUUGUAAACAAUCACACAAAGACAGAGCUGCAAACCUUGAUUCCAGGACUUACCAUCAACAAGAUAGAUAAUGCUAGAAAACAUGCACUUGUUAGUGGACCUGGAACUAUUCUAAAUCAACCUAAAAUUUACCGGAUGAAAUUAUCAAAGCCAAAAGUGAGUCACUUUGUUGAAUUUAUUCUCAAUCCCAUUUACUCUAACAUUGUUGGAUUUGGAGAAACAAUACUAAAAAUGUCAUCUAAAGAAAAGAUAAAGGUUCCUAAAGUCAUAAGAAAUGUUAUAGAUGCAAGACUCAUUGAUACUUACCUGAGUUAUUGCAAAGACAGUGGAUUUGAUACUUUUAGCAGGGCUUCUUUGUAUAGAAUUUUAAAUGUAUGUCAUGCUUCCAAACAGAAAUCAUUACAAGGCCUGGAUAAUAUUACUGCCUUAGGAAUGGGGGCAAUUGAUACCUUACUGAAACUGCUUACCAAAUUAGAGACUUUUGGAGUCACAUAUCCUGAAUCAAAGAAACUGACUAACAUUUUACAUAUGGUAAACACAUUUAUGAAAUUUGAAUACAAAACUCACUUACACAAACUGGAUGGCUGUGAAGAUCAUUGUACAGUGUUUGCUCUCAGUGACCCUGGUGAUGCAAAAUUUGCUACUGCUUGUGAACAUUCACAUGAAACUUCAUGCCAGAAGUGCUCAUUGGUUGAGAGCUGUGUGCCUCAGAUAAGAAUAAAACUUAAUGAUAUAAGUACAAACAUUUCAGACCAAAUUGUCGAAGAAUUGACAUAUGAAUUAGACAAUUCAGAGAAGAGCCUUGUUGAUUGGAAAAAGCACAUUCUUAGAACAAUACAUCAAGAUCAAGCUAGAACAAGUGUCUUGAAAAAUCUUCAUGCUGAACAAGGUCUUGUUAUUUUAGACUGGGCUAUGAAAUUCCUGCCUUAUCAAUUCCGUGAAACACAAUCUGAUUUUUUUGGUAAGAAAGGUAUCAGCUGGCAUAUAUCUUGUCUAGUCACUAAGUCUGAAAAUGAAGAAUUUGAUCUUCAGUGUUAUGUUCAUAUCCUUGAGAAUGGGUCACAGGGUUGGUUUUCUGUGGCAAAUAUCAUUCUGCACCUGUUAACAAACAUAAAAUCUACCAGACCAACACUAAAAGAGGUGUUCUUGAAAAGUGAUAACGCAGCUUGUUACCAUUGUACUAAUCUUCUUGCCUUCAUUCAACAGAACAAUGGUCAGUUUCCCAUCAAAGUGGCAGAAUAUAACUUCAGUGAGGCCCAAUCAGGCAAGGAUUUGUGUGACAGUAAAACUGGAUCUUGUCGCAUGCACAUUUUUAAAUAUGCAAAUGAAGGUCAUGAUGUUUUAAACCCAAGGAGUAUGAAAUUAGCACUUGACAGUUAUGGUGGAGUAAAAGGGACACAAUCGUGUAUUGUUACAGUAAAUGCAGAUGAUGAACCUAAAACAAAGAUCAGAAUGCCAGGGAUAAGCACUUACAACAACUUUAAUUUUGAAAAUGAUGGUAUUAUAGCAAGAAAAGCUUAUAAAGUUGGUGAGGGACAUGUUAUAAAGACCAGUACCCAGUGUAGUGAAACUAUUUCAAUAGAAAGAGUAUAUAAACUGGAGGUUUUGGAACCUUUCGCACAAGAUCAACCUAUCUGUGGCAAACUUAACAAAUUUCCCGAUAGCAGAAUUGAAGAUACCCAUGAUCAGCAGCCUUCCUUAGAGGAGGAUCAACCUAUGUCAGAAAACAGCAUGAAUAGUUCUGCAUCCAGUGCAUAUUUCUCUUGCCCUGACUUUUCAUGUGAUAAAGUGUUUGCUUCAUCAAAUAACCUUGACCGUCAUUUACUCUUAGGAAAUCAUAAUUACCGGAAAAAUACCAUAUCUUCUAUGGAUACAGCAGUUCAGAUAUACUCUUCCUCAUGUAUUGAUUUGCAAAAGUACCAUGAAAAUGUCAUUCAGGAAGCAAGUCAUGAAGUUGAAAUUUCAGUAAAUUUGAGAGAAAAGUCAAGAAGAGGUUGGGGCUUGAAAUCAAAGAGAGCAAAUGUACGGUUUUCAGAUAAAGUGAAAACUUACUUGCAAGAAAUUUGUGCAUCAUGUGAAAAAACUGGCUCACGUCCUGAUUUUAUUGCUUUGUCAGAAGAGCUAAGGAAGGCAACAGAUGAAAAUGGCAACAAGCUUUUUACAAAACAAGAAUGGCUUAACCCACCACAAAUUAAAGGAUUUAUUGCAAACAUAAUUUCAAAAUCUAAGUCGUCUCUGGCUGUAAAGAAACCACGAACAGAACUUCAGGAGGUUAAUGUAGAUGAUGAUGAAAAACUCUCAGAAGUUAUAUCUAUGUUAGAAAUGAAUGAUUAUAAUGAAAAUGCUGUUGGUAUUGUAAACGAGGUUUUUUCUGCUAUAAAUAUCUAGAAAGUUCUGCUUUUAUUACUGUAGAUGAAGUUUUGAUGAUCCCAUAAAAAUUGAAGUUUUAAAAAAAAUGCUUAUGUUGUGUUGUUGGAAUGCUGUCUUGUGGAAAUGUAUCCCACAUCUCCUUCUAUCAUUUUGUCUAUAAGUUGUUUGAAAUUGUGACAGGAAGAGAUAUUUUUUAUGAUCUAUAAAAAUUAUUAUCUCCUGAAUAUGACUGUUAUACAAUGUACAUGAUGUAUGCCAAAAGUCUUGGAUAGGAGACUUAUUUAUACUAAGAUGUUGACGACAAAA